AUGGUAGCACCGUGUUGGAGGCGACCUUCUGUGAAGGGAGAUCAUUCAACCAGAGACGCUAAUGGGAGGUGUGAUGGGCUUCUUUGGUAUAAAGAUUCUGGAAACCAUGUCGCUGGGGAGUUCUCAAUGUCUGUGAUUCAAGCCAACAAUCUUCUCGAAGAUCAUAGCAAGCUCGAGUCUGGACCCGUUAGCAUGUUCGAUUCGGGUCCUCAAGCUACUUUUGUUGGUGUGUAUGAUGGUCAUGGAGGUCCAGAAGCAGCCCGGUUUGUCAAUAAACACCUCUUCGACAACAUCAGGAAGUUUACUUCAGAGAACCAUGGGAUGUCUGCGUCUGUUAUAACGAAAGCGUUUUUAGCUACGGAGGAGGAGUUUCUUUCUCUUGUGCGGCGGCAGUGGCAGACGAAACCACAGAUUGCUUCUGUCGGAGCGUGUUGUCUGGUAGGGAUCAUAUGUAGUGGAUUGUUGUACAUUGCAAACGCCGGGGAUUCUCGGGUUGUGCUAGGGAGACUGGAAAGAGCGUUUAAAGUUGUCAAGGCCGUUCAAUUAUCGUCAGAGCACAACGCGAGUCUUGAAUCUGUGAGAGAGGAGUUGCGCUUGUUGCAUCCGAAUGAUCCUCAGAUUGUCGUCUUGAAGCACAAAGUUUGGCGUGUCAAAGGUAUUAUACAGGUCUCACGGUCAAUCGGUGACGCCUACUUAAAGAAAGCAGAGUUCAACAGGGAGCCGCUAUUGGCAAAGUUCAGGGUGCCUGAGCUUUUUCAAACGCCGAUCCUUAAAGCAGAGCCUGCGAUUACAGUACAUAAAAUCCAUCCAGAGGAUCAGUUUCUUAUAUUUGCAUCAGACGGCUUGUGGGAGCACUUGACCAAUCAGGAAGCUGUUGACAUUGUGAACACUUGCCCGCGUAAUGGAAUUGCGAGGAAGCUCAUAAAAACGGCUCUAAGAGAGGCGGCAAAGAAGAGAGAGAUGAGAUAUUCGGAUCUAAAAAAGAUUGAUAGAGGAGUGAGGAGACAUUUUCACGAUGAUAUAACGGUCAUUGUUGUGUUUCUUGAUUCACAUCUCGUCAGUCGCAGUACCACUCGCCGACCUCUCAUCUCCAUCUCAGGCGGUGGUGACUUGGCUGGACCUUCUACCACUUGA